GGCCAAUUUGCUUUCUUUUCUAACUGUCCAAAAAUUGAACAAAAAAAUUUCAAGAAAAAAAAAAUCAGACCAUAUGGAAAUUAUAGUAAAUACUGAGUCUCUUUCCUAUGUUAAGCUUCUUCCUAAACCUUUAUCUCCAGCUUUAGUAUUCCCAUCCAGAGCUAAUGUUUUGUCCCAUAAUUUUAAUUGUUUGCCUAGAAAGCUGCAAUGUGGUGCUAAGCAGUUGAGAAACUUGGGAGCCAUUUAUGCUUCUGGAGCUGAUAGCAGUUCAACAAAUGUUGUUGAGAAAUGGAUUCUUGAACCUAUAGGUGACGGUGAUACAAAGCACCUAGGUGAAAAGAUUGCAAUGCCAAAUGCAUUUGAGAUAGCUUCUAGUGUGAUUACCAUAGGACGCACUGCUGACAAGGUAGAUGUGGCCAUUCCCGUCCCAACAGUAUCUGCUGUGCAUGCCAGGAUUGAGAAGGCAGAAAAGAGUCUUGUGAUCACAGAUUUGGACAGCACAAAUGGUACAUUUAUUGAUCAAAGGCGCCUCAAACCUGGUGUUGCUGCUUUUGCAGUACCUGGGAGCAGAAUUACCUUUGGGGACGUGCAUUUAGCAGUAUUCAGGGUCUCAAAGCUUGAGGUAGAGGAACCUAGCAAUGAACCAGAAGCUGAAGCUAAAGUAGAGGAGGGAGCAGACAGCAACUGAAGAAUCCACAGUUUUGUUCUUGGAACUUCCAUCUGUAAUUACGCAUCCAAAGUCUAGAAUAAAAGGUUCCGUGCUAUUUGAACAAUUACAUUUCUGCAGAUGUACAAUUUUCGAUUACCGAUCAAAAGCAAAACAAAGAGAAUUAAAGAAAUGUCUAUAGACUUAUUUGAAUCAA